AGAAAUGAGGCGAAUCAUAUAAGGACUUAAUUGUUUGUUUCCUUUUUCCAUAAAACACGGAAAUUAAGAAUAGCUUGCGAACAGCGGAGCAUUAUUCCGCCGAGCCCUUCUGUACUACCACCGCCAUGAAACCCUGAGCCCCUCACCCCAAGUCCACAAACCCUAGUACCCCUUAAUUGUUUUUCGCCCUGUAGUUCCAAAAAUAUGGGGGAAAAGAACACAAACGAUCGCAGCAACAGGAACAAGGAUGAGUGCAAGGGGAAGAAAAACAAGAAUGAGAAGAAAACAGGGCGGCCCGAGGAGUCGACAGUUUGUACCGCACAAGAGCAAUCCUCUAAGAAAAAGAAUCGGAAAGAAGUUGCCAUCUUUGGAAAUUACAGGAAUUACUAUGGAUAUAGAGUUGGUCAGGACUUGGAUGAAGAUCCUAGACUAAGGGUGAUGAAGAGGGAAUGGUUCGAGGGCAAGGAUUGCCUUGACAUUGGGUGCAAUAGUGGGUUGAUGACAAUAGCUAUUGCAAAGAAGUUUGGUUGCCGGAGCAUUCUUGGUGUUGACAUCGAUGGAGCUCGAAUUGAGGAUGCGUAUUGGACACUCAGGAAAGUCAUCCGGACAAGUAAGCAUAAAGUAACCUCCAUGAUUUCCAGAUCAGCUGAUGGAGCGUCGAUCAGUGGCUUGGUGAACAAUGCAAGUGAAUCACUAACAGAAGAGAAACGGAAGAGCUCUGGGGAUUCCCCCUUCCCAUUGGAAAAAGAUCUGCUUGAAAUCGUCUCUUUUCAGAAAGGGAAUUUUGUUCAGAAUUGGCGUCCGCCAGAAAAUACAUCUUACCAUGCAAUCCUUUGCUUAAGUGUGACAAAAUGGGUACAUUUGAACUGGGGCGACGAAGGAUUAAUAACAUUGUUUUGGAGAGUGUGGAUGCUUCUUCAACCGGGUGGAAUGUUUAUUGUGGAACCCCAGCCAUGGAGCUCAUAUUAUAAUAAUCGUUUCGUCUCUGAGACUGCUGCUGCUAAUUAUAAAAAUAUUCAGAUACCUCCAGAAGAUUUUCAGGAUGUACUUUUGGACAAGAUAGGAUUCAGAAGGGUAGAAAACAUAACCUCCAGCUUAUCUGGUACCAAAUCUGGGUUCGACAGACCUAUCUUGGCUUUCUGGAAAUGAUUGGUUUUGUUACUGAUGUGGAGUUUUGCGAUAGAGGCAUAUCUAUGAAAUUUUGUAAAUGGGCGAUCCAUUCUCCCUUUUUAAUUCUUAUGGGUUUAGAUUUCUGACAAGCAGUUCAUAGGUAAAGAGUAAAGCCUGGUUGAAAGGAAAACCUGUGCUAAGUCAUAGAUUUAUAAUAGAGAAAAUAUAAUAUUGAAGAAAAUUAUUUCCUCCUAAAAUGGCUAGCUUACAGUUGGUGGGCUAUUCUCUCUUCAACUCUCCAGACUCCAAAAGCAGGAUACAAUUUGAGACAAGAUUUUUAUGGGUUAUGCUUGCAGCGUGCGUCUUAGCAAACUAAAUCCUAGGGGAAAUAUUCCUCGGUCUCUGCAGUGACCCAAUAAAAGUAACAACUGCCGCACAUUUCUGCUCUCUGAAUUUGAGCCCGACUACAAACAGGCACUUGAAUUUAGCAACAGCACAACUCCACAACGCUACUCUUUGCCCAUUGUAGUUGGCUCCAUUCAGGCACCAAAAUUACGUCUCUUUGCUGAGAUUUGCUGAGUUGCACGCAAGGCAUGUAAACCUCACAGUAAUGCGGCAAACAUCUAAAACAGACAUCAAUGCCUAAUUAUGAUUUUUCAUCCGAAAUACAACACAGGAAGUAUGUAAAGAUCUUCUGGUGAAAACUACUCACUGAUUUUUGAGAAUUACUGAAAAAAGAUCAAAGAAAUUAAGCAUCCUUUGACUACUAGGAUAUUAGCAGCCUGUGGAGAAUCAUGUAGUUCAGUGAGCUUUCUUGUGCAGGUUCUGAGCAUGUGUCCUAUUAAAGCCUUUAAAGCAACAGUUUUUCAUUCUCGUAGGAAGCAAAUAGUAACGACAGAUUCCUUCACCUCCCAACAUUAGCUCU